AAAAAGAAGAAGAAGAAUUAAAAAAAAAAAAUAGCGAGAGAGUAUGAACACAGCAGGAGAUGAUUCUGCCACCACCACCACCACCGCCACCACCACCACGACUGAUCCCGGCAAUUCCACAGUUCCGACGGACCCGACUUCCAUCACCGGAGUUUCUGAUCAGGAGGUGGAGGCCACACGGCCACCGAUACCACCACGAUUGCAAGUGCCGGCUUUCAUAGUGUCCUCCAAAGAUCCCGAUCCCAUUUUCAGUGGGGGCGGCAUCAGCUUUCUUACUGGAAGUCGAAAUGGAAGUUUCAACUAUGGAUAUUCUACUUUCAAGGGUAAAAGAGCUUCCAUGGAGGAUUACUAUGAGACUAGGAUUUCGGAAGUAGAUGGUCAGAUGGUUGCUUUUUUUGGUGUUUUCGAUGGCCAUGGAGGUUCAAGAACUGCUGAAUACCUUAAAAACAACCUUUUCAAGAAUUUAAGUAGCCACCCAGAUUUUAUCAAAGAUACAAAAGCAGCUAUUGUUGAAGUAUUUAGACAGACAGAUGCUGAUUACCUCAAUGAAGAAAAAGGGCAUCAAAAAGAUUCUGGUUCAACUGCAUCAACUGCUCUGCUGUUAGGUGACCGGCUACUUGUUGCAAAUGUUGGUGAUUCCAGAGUAGUUGCCUGUAGAGCUGGUUCAGCUAUCGCAUUGUCUGACGAUCACAAACCUGAAAGAUCUGACGAGCGUCAACGGAUUGAGGAUGCUGGGGGUUUCAUCAUUUGGGCAGGAACUUGGCGGGUUGGUGGCGUCCUUGCUGUUUCUCGGGCAUUUGGGGACAAACUACUAAAGCCAUAUGUAGUUGCUGAGCCAGAAAUACAGGAAGAGGAAAUUGAUGGCGUAGAUUUCGUAAUUCUUGCUAGCGAUGGGCUUUGGAAUGUCAUUUCAAAUAAGGAUGCUGUGGCUCUAGUGCAAGAUAUUGCAAAUGCAGAAGAGGCAUCAAGAAGACUUAUAACAGAAGCUUACGACCGAGGAAGUUCAGAUAAUAUCACUUGUAUUGUUGUUCGGUUUGACAUAUCAUGAGCGGCAGAGAGAUUAAGAUUUUCAGGUAUCAGUCAGCGGUCUUGCCUAUCAUGAUUUAACAUGGAAAACGCCUUAGUAAUCUUUCCUCUUUGAAGCCUUGCAGGCUUUAGGAUCUCAUGAAAAAGUAUCCAUGCCAGUUAAGGAAAGGCAGCUUCUUAGACUUAUUUUUGUUCAUCUCUUCAAAUUACCAUGAGUGUGACAGGCUAACUGCUGAGUUUUCAAUAUGUUGGUCCUGGACAACACUUAAUUUUGUAUUCAAUUGAUGGUUUAUGGAAUUGAUGCAAAAUUAGAUGCUA